CAGGAGAGGCUCCGGAACAAGAUCAUCAGCCGGCUAGUGAAGGAGGGCUCGAGCGCGGACGAGCCGACCAACAUCAUCCUGUCGGACUACUCGAGCGACGAGGGCGACACGAGCAGCAGCUCCGAGGACGAGGCUAACAUGACGGAGACCUCCGGGGGCGGCAGGGGCCUCGGCGGCUCCCUGAGCGCCGGCCUUUGCCACGGCCUCGGACAGGGCCUCGGACACGCCUGCGAGGCCUGCGCCGUGCCGCCGUCGUCGCCCAACUUGCCUCGGCGGAAGCAGGCCCAGGAGGACAAGUCAGGGUCGCCCAAGGCGCAGGCGCGCCCGGAGGCCCGGCCCGAGCGCACGCCGCCGAUGCCCCGGAGCCGCAGGACGCUCCAGGUGCACACCGCGCUCCUGGACCUCCCCGGCAGCGACCUGGGCGAGGCCAACACCACCCCGGAGCGGCAGUCCAGCACCGAGACGUCGCCCACGAGGCAGCCGCAGGCGGUGCAACAGCGCGUCAGCACCAGCCCAGACGACCCGGCGUUGCGGUCCAACAGCGAGAGGGUGGACAUGCCGCCCGAGCUGAUCGUUACUCCGGCGCACCGCCGAAAGGGCCGCGGGCGCCACGGGUCGAUGCGCGAGCUCCGCGACCUCGGCCAGCACCACCAGGGCGGCGACGGCGCCUCCCCCACCAACACGAGCGCGGCCCUGCUGGACUGCAAGGACUCCGCGGCGGACACGUCGGCGUCCCCGACCGUGGUGCAACGGCGCCGCAGCCUGUCCGUGCUCGUGGACGUCCGCGCCGGCCCUCCACUGGCCGGGGCCCCGCGCCCCGCAUCCCAGCACGCGCGCAGCCUGCCCAACGCCAGGCGGCGCCAAGGGUCUGCUCGGCGGGCGCAGCCCAAGCGCGCCGUCACGCCGACACCGACCCCUGUGCCCCCGGAGGACGAGGGCGGCGAGGGCUCGCCCUCCCGGAGCCCCAUGUCUGGCGUGUGGCUGGGCACCCCGUGCGAGCAGUGCGACCCGCGCGCCCCGGAGCAGUGCAACAACUACACCGCCAACGUGCCGCUGGCCUGGGGGCCGCCGCCGCAGCACGAGCAGCCAGAGCAGCAGGACGUUCUGAGGUCCUGCUCGCAGAAGUUGUCGGCCAUCUCAGCGCUGCAGAGACCGGCGGGCGCGAGGGAGGCGGCCGCGGACGGUAGCGUGACCGUGAGGGUGACGCGCAGGCGGCGCCCCAAGGCCCCCGUCGCCGCGGCCCAGCAGCCUCCGCCGGCGACAGCAGCGACGCCCCCGCGAAAGGCCCAGGCCUCUUGGCCGCAGCGGCAGAACGGUCGGCCCGCCCCCCAGGCGGGGAACCCCAGCCGGCCGACGUCCCUGGCCGCCCUCCGGGUGCAGCACGGCGCGGGGGCCUCCGCGUCCGUGGACGACGACCAGGACGCCGACGGGUCCGACGGAGGCAGGGCGCACUGGCGCCGCGGCCAGCUCCGGCUGCGUCGGCAGAAGCGGCACGAGGUCGCCUCAGCUGCCCGGGUCGUCGAGGAGGCCGUCAGCGUCCUGGGUGCGGCGCAGAGGCGACGGGCCAAGUCCAAGGGUCCUCCAGGGGCUGUGGCUCCGCAGGGGCCACAGGACCUGGAGGCGCUAUCGAGGAGAGCCCGCUUCAGGGGAGGGGCCGUCCUUUCUGGGGUCGUACCCAACAACGCGGACGUGCGCUCAGAUGGAGGCGUCCAGGAAAAUGGGCAUGCUUCAGAUGACCUAGCUGGGGACAGUGAGCAGGGGAAAGCUGGACUCAAGAAGAAGAAGAAACGUAAGCUGGGGCUACCCAAGAGAGUGAAACGAGUGUUGUCAGCCACAGCAGCUAUCUCGCAACAACCUUCAGAGAAGCCAAGAUGAACACAAACUGGACAACAUUGUGGUUGCAGUUUUGUUUUGCAAUAUGGCUUUGCAAAGGGUUUCCUGCUUAUUCUCCCUAAAAAAAAUUGCAAUUCAUUUGUUAAAACUUUUCAUAGUGAUACUUUUUCUAAAAAAACAAACAAGCAAAAAAAAAUAAAAAAAAAAAAUCAUGUUGAUUCAUGACCAUUUAGGAAGGCUGUAUUUGUUAUAGGAUAAGUGAUAUUGUGUGUAAGGAAUUUUCCUCAUGGAAUGUAGUAAUUUCUUUACUGGUAAGCAAAGUGAGUCUGUAAUAAUAUUGGCCAAUGGGAAAAAAUGAAUCUGUCCCAUAAUCAAUAAUUAACCAGACUUUAAUUGGGUGAUGUUAGUUAGCGUAGAUACAUGAGUAACAUUGUAGGGUAUCUGUGAAAAUUAGAAGGAUCACCAAGAACUGCCAUCCAUAUCUUGGAAAAUAUGUGGUCCACCAAAGUUCAAAUGAGGUGAAUGAAUAUAACUACUGCUACUGCCAUACGAGUAGACUGCAGGUGUCGAAAGACAAAAGAAUAUCUGUUUUUAGUGAUAACAUAUAGUACAGUAGAUUGAAAAUAGCAAGGACUCAUUUACGAAGGGUAUUUUCAAUAAGAGAUUUACAUAUGAUAUUAUAAUAGCACAACAUGCGACAAUACAGAAAUAAAUGACAAAAUGUGAAUGAAACUAUAACUAUAUACCUUAGUAUCACAGACCAAAAAAUACAGCAAACAAAAAUGCUAUCAGAAAUCAUCAAAAUUAAUUUCAGUUUCAUUAAAGUUCCCUAACACUU